GAGCUCUUCUUUUAAAGGAGAUCAAUAUUGUCUAAAAUGGCAGCCACCCCCCAGCCCCCUUAAAAUGGUUCUAAUUAAUUUUUUCGUCACGUGACACGGGACACGGUGGACGCGUUGUACCGGGCUCCCAAGUCUUCUGACAAUUUUCGCAUAUCUAUUGAGUUUGGAUCAUUCAUUUUCAUUGGAUAUGUGUCAGGAAUCCUUCCUGGUUUUGUACAUAUGGUUUUUUUCUCUUGCUUUUUUGAUUUUGGAGUUUUGAUAGACUUUUUGUUUGAUUGUUUACAAUCGUGAUCUCGUGUGGAUAUUUUAGUGAAAUGUACAUUAUCAUGUAACUACUUGUUAUGCAAAUGACCUCUGACCCUGGUCCACUGCGCAUCCCAAUACCAGGGCUGCGUUCAAGAUCGUAGCAGCUAGCCUAGCCGCUAGGUCGUAGAUAUCUAGGUCUAUUGAACGGACUGCUAGGUUAGCCGCUAGGUCUCAGAAUUGAAGAUGAAAAUAUUCGACUACAGACCUAUUACAUCGACAUAAUUUGUUUAUUUCAAGCGGAAACAUACAUGUUAAAUUUCAUUAUAACUUAAAGGAUGCACAAAAUAAAAUAAAAUAAAAUAGAUUUCAUGCUUGUUACAAAAUGGUUACUAAGGUGGCCAUCUUGAAUUUAAUGCCUAGCAUAAAAUAUUUAGGCUACGAAUAUCUACGUAGCGGCUAGGCUAGCAUACCGUUCAACUACGUAGCCCUACGUAGCAGCUACGAUCUUGAACGCAGCCCUGGAGCUCCAGUAUUCAGUCCAGUCCCGUCCGCUUACCAGUAAACACCUAUCUUGUUGUAUUGUCUGAUGUACAGUGUACCAUAUCCAUGUCCAUUGUUUGUUCGUCAUAAGUAUAUAUCUACUAUGCCACACUACAGGAGAUAUCAGCCAGCUCCGAAUUAUUCAUCUCUACGCCAGGAGAGAGGAGAGCAUUAUCUGAACUAUGUGAGAAGAAGCACCUCCCCAAGAAGACUGAUCGAGCCUACUCGUCUCGUUUACGACUUGGCCCUGUUGAGUGAUGGAACUUUUCAAAGAGACAUAUGCGAUGCUAUCCUGGAUCAAUACAGCUUAACACGAGAUCAAUUUGACGUUCGCUGGAUUGAGAAGAUUAGGAAUGAAGCGCGUACCAUUCUGUGCACUGAAAGAUGGGUUGAGGACAAUAUUCUAUCACUUAUUCGAAGCUCCAAUCUAAGAAGAAGAGCACGUUCUACUGCGACAGCUGCUUCAUCAUCACCAUCCGGUUUGUGUGUGGAUAUUCGUCUCCGGAACAAUCCCAAACUGGAUGUUGUGCAUGAAAAUGCAGUAGAAGAUCCGCUUUCUUAUACCGAGGAGUCUGUGAUGGAGAUUGCUAACACUGACUGUCCCGUCUCCAUUGAUCAUGAAGUAGCGGGGUCACCCGUAACUCGUGUACCGAUGGAGCCUGCGGCUUUUGUGAAGGAAGUUCUUACGGUGGAGGACGAGUGUGUUUGGAGCAGGGAGUCUUCACAUGCAGUUGUAUCAAAGAAGCGAAGAUUACCCCUGCGACAUGUCCAGCAGAAUGACUAUUCCGAGACUGCUGACAAGCGUGCUCGUUUAUCCCCUGAAAUUCAGGUGGCAGUCGUGAGGCCUCGUGUGAACUUUCAGUGGUGCCCAUUUCCUGGCUGCAAUGUUAAGAACAGAAAGAUCAAGCGUCAUGUUCAACAGUCCCACCUUCCUAGGAUAUUCAGUGAUGUGAAACCGAUUCGCUCUAUGGAGGAGUUUCAGCUAUGCAAACUACAGUUCGCAGCGCUGGAGUCUUUGGUUAGGAUCGUUGUUGGACAUGAUGCUAGUGUGUUCACAGCAGUAGAUUACGUCAACCAGACACAUCAGAUUCCUCAGGAAACUACUCUUCAUCCGGAUACAGUCGCGUGUAUUAGGAGAUUAUGUGACCAUCAGCACUAGAAAGAACCUUCAGAAGGAUUUACAGUGGCUCCAGUUAACUCACAGGCUGUAUUAAUUCACUGGAGAUGUUUAGUAGUAUUGAUGUCAGCUCUGCAACCUGAGCAGCGUGAACAAUU